GCUGUGUUCCGCGCUCCGUCGUUCGUUCGUCGUGGUCGGUGGGUGGGCAAUUGGGCAUCCCAUAGGUGAGGGUGGGGGGCGCACCGUUGACUGUCAUUUGUUGUUUUGUCUCUGAGGCGUGUGUUGGGGAGACAGAUAUUUGUGUUUCAGAAUAGAUCGAAACUCAGUCGGCACACACACGUUCUGGAUUGGCGUUUUCGAGCGACAACUUUCCAUUUUGGAGUGGACUAGUUUGACGGAAGUCACUUCUGUUUUCUGUUUCAGAACCCUCUCUCCCCACCACGAUUUGAAAAAUGAGCUCCGAGGAGACGGUCGAGGUGGUCAUUCCACUGGUCAAAACCAUCACCAGCCUGUCCUUUCGGAAUCUACGCUACACGGUCCCCCAGCAGCAGCGAGGAGGCAGUGACAAAAAACAGCUGCUCAAAAACAUCUCGGGGACGUUCCGGUCGGGACGGCUGUCCGCCAUUAUGGGACCAUCCGGGGCGGGGAAGUCAUCGCUGAUGAACGUUUUGAGCGGGUUUAAAUCCUCCGGCGUCAAGGGUCGCAUCCUGAUCAACAACGAAGUCAUAGAACGUGCCAAAUACCGCCAACUGGUGGCCUACACAACGCAGGACGUCCCCCUGCUACAGAACAUCACCGUCCAAGAAACGUUCCAUUACGCGGCUGAUCUUAAACUCCCCUCGCGGGUAACGCGGAUUCACAAAACAAAAAUCGUCAACGACAUCAUCGCCCUGCUCGGACUGGAAAAGUGUGCCCACAAUCAGGCCCGGAACUUGUCCGGUGGUGAGCGGAAGCGACUCUCGAUCGGACUCGAGCUCGUUUCUAAUCCGAAGAUUAUGUUCUUUGACGAACCCACCAGUGGACUGGACAGUGAGUCGUCCUACCAGGUGAUACGAUACAUGAAGGAGCUGGCGAGGCAGGGUAGGUGUGUUGUGAGUGUGAUUCAUCAGCCAAGUUCCGAGUUGUUGGAGCUGUUUGACGAUCUGUACGUGGUGGCCGAUGGGAGGUGUAUGUAUCAGGGGGCGUUGGAGGAUUUGGUGCCGACGCUGACGGAGGCUGGGUUCGUGUGUCCGCAGUACUACAAUCGGGCGGAUUUUGCUCUCAAAGUGGCCUCAAUGCUCGACACCGACUCCGGCGACAAAGUGAAUCAGCUGAUGAAGCGCAUGGAAUCCAUCACCACCGAACACCUAAAUGGCUUUCACGACGACCAGCACGAUGAACUGCUCGACGAGGGACGACGGAAAGGUGGUUCGAGUCCGCAAUAUCCCAUCUCGGCGUUCCUGCAGUUUUGGAUUUUGACGCGGAGGACGGCGCUAGGGACGUUCCGGAAUCUGGCGCUGACCCGGCUGCGCUUUAUUGGGCACAUUCUGUUUGGGUUGAUUGUGGGGGCGGUGUUUUACGACGUAGGGGAUAAUGGGAGCAAGGUGCUGUCCAACAUUAGCUGCUUGAUCAUGAUGCUGAUGUUUAUCGUGUUUUCGAACUCGAUGACGGUGGUGCUGACUUUCCCCCUGGAAAUGGCGGUCUUCAUUCGCGAGUACAAAAGCAACUGCUACUCGAUCGCGGCCUACUUCUGCUCGAAAAUCGUCGCCGAUUUCCCGCUAAUGCUGGCCGGCGUCACGUGCUUCCAGCUCAUAGCCUACUACCUGACGGGGCAGCUGAACGAAACCAGCCGGAUCGUGAUGUUCUGGGCGGUUUGUGCGCUGAUGGGUUGGACCGCGCAGAUGUACGGAAUGGUGGCGGGAAGUGUGUUUCCGGUGGACGUGAGUCCGUUCGUGGUGCCCAGCUCGAUGAUACCGAUGAUUCUGUUUUCCGGGUUCUUCAUUCGGUACAGUGAGCUGUUGGAUGUGUUCAAGCCGUUGACGUACGUGUCUCCAUUUCGGUACGGGUUCGAGGGUUUGGCACUGACCACGUACGGGAUGAAUCGGACCGAAAUUGGGUGUGAAGAUAUGUUUUGCUAUUACCGAAAGAGUGUGAAGGUGCUGGAGUUGUUGGAAGUGAAGGACAGUUGCUACUGGAUGGACGUCGGUGGACUUGGCGUUUGGAUUCUGGUGCUGCACGUGCUGUUGUAUGUUAGUUUACGGUUGAGAUUACGAUGGAAUCAGUAGUUUAAGAUUUAUGUAGAAUCUCACGGUGGGUUGCAUUUAUUGAAAGUGAUCUGAGUAAAAAUAAAAA